AUGCCUCCUCCUCCCCUGGGCGCAAAGGGGGCACUGCUGCAGCCCCUCGCUCCUCACAGUCAACUCCAAGCCGGGUGCAAGCUUCACUUCUUCACACAUCUGGCCAUGCUGGAGACAGAUGCGGCAGAUGAGACCGGGCUUCCCAGCGAUAACUCACAACAACAAGAACACGCCCACAGCCCACUCCUUUCCACCUUACGCUACGCCGUCCAGUGUGCGUUCGCUGCAGCUUCGUAUGUCUUCUCCCACUGUACGCUGAAUGGUGUUAUUUUUUUCCCUUCUUCUUUCAGCACCACGGAGAGCUCACAGAUUGUAGGGUGGAGGUGGGGGUGGGGGGUUGAGUGGGUGGGCAUAUGA